AUGACAAUCUUCUUAACCCUGCCAUUCGAGAUUCUCGAAUUAAUCAAUACCUACCUCUGCCCCCGUGAUAUAGCCUCCCUCUCUCUCACCUGCAAAACUUUCAAAGACCGUCUCGGUUCCGGUAAUCAAUACCUCUGGUAUCGAAUUCUUCGACAAACACUGACGGUGCCCAAACCCGGCCGUGUUAUCUCCCCAAAAAUUGUUAGGCGGAUACCGAAUUUUCAAGAGUUUAAAGAAGAUGUGAAAUAUUGGACUGAGGCUUCUGAUUUAUUCGCUGGGAGGAAAUUGUAUGGUUGUCGGUAUUGUUUGGAAGCUGAUCCUCUGCAUCGGAAGGAUGGGGAGCGGUCUUUUGCUUUUAAGUCUAAGGGAGCCGUGUUUGGGGGGGAUACGAUACAGCAGUUUUGUGCGAACUGUCGUCGGGAUUGGUUUACCGAUCUCAAAACCUUCACCUCUGGCUUCCCAGAAUACACCCCACUUCCAAAAUCAAUAUACCACCCAGUCUACGGAGAAUCCUUCAUCCAAAUCCCCUCUCUCAUAAAAUACAUAGAAUCCAAAGGGACCCCAUAUAAAACCAUCACAGAUCACUCAUUCAGAUUCAAAGCAAGAUGGUCGGCUAGGCGCGACGAAGAAGAGGCAGAAUACAUAGACCAAGCCCUCCGCCUCCUCAGAGACUCAUAUAGCCGGGAUUAUCGUCACCUCCACAUCGUUCUACCCCCAAACGGGUAUUACAACUUACUCACAUUCACCCUCUACAGGGAGGUUUUAUACCAUGAGUCGGGACACCCGACUGACCUUGUUGUCUUCUCGAAGAAGAUGAAAAAUCACAUCAUGGCAUUCAUACCGAUCCUCAAAGCCAAAGAUGAAAUAAAUACUGAAGCCACGGAUCUUGUUGUAACAAUCAAUCGAGAGCUCUUCGGUGAUCCUAACGAUUUCAACAUGAUGAGUUUAACAUACCCGGACAGCGUCACUAUUCUAAAACUUCUAGAACCCCUAACCAACCCCGGACAACCCUUCAACUGGAUCCUCUUAUACUCAAAAGCAUACUUCGACAGCACAGCAAACGACGUCCGCUGCUACUGGUGUCUCCGCUCAAACGGCGGUAAAGACGCAGAAACGAAUAGAUUCCGUUACCGUUCCUUCAUUAGCAAAGAUCCACAACACGUCCCUUGGAUUACUUCGCAUAUAAUAUCACACCAUUCGGAUGUUAUGUGGACUCGACCGAAGAAUAAUUGGGUUCAUAAGAAUUUGAGUUUUCAUAGUAGUCGUUUUGGAAGGAGUCAUGUGAUUGUGUAUUUGGAUGGACUUCGCUUACCGGCUGCGGAGUGGGAGAAGUUGAAGGUUAGGCCGGAUUUUGAGAAUGAGGCGCUUGAGAGGAUUUCGGUGAAUUUUCCGGGUUGGUGUGAAGGGGGGAUUACACCGUCGGAAUACUUUAUGAUGUAG